GUGAGCAGCACCAGCUGACAUCAGCAGUAGACAGUGACAGAAGCAGCAGUGACCUGGAUGGGGAAGAUGGUUUGGCCUUGCGUGGUAGGAAGAAACGUAUGAAGAAAGCUCUGCCAAAGGACUUUAUUAGUAGUCAGGAUUUGGAUUGUCCACACUUUGCCUCAGGGCCAUCUUUAUAAGUAGUAGUUGCUCGCCCCCCCUCCACAAAAGGUUGUCCCAUACAACCAUCAACACAGAGUCUUGCCAAGUGAAGCAAGAAAAAAAUCUGAAAAGACAUAUAAUUCUGACAGAUGUGAAAGUAAGAAAGAGUAGUUACCAACAGCAAGAUGAAGGCAGUCAGUCUGAUACCCUACAUAUAGCUAGCAGCAGUGACAGCCAACACAGCAGUUUAGACCUGCAUGACAACCACAGCCUAAGGAACAGAUCUGACCGACAGACAAGACAUGACAGCAGUGACCAACAAAGCAGACAUGACAGCAGCGAUUGACACAGCAGACAUGGCAGCAGUGACCGACACAGCAGACAUGACAGCAGCAAUUGACACAGCAGACAUGGCAGCAGUGACCGACACAGCAGACAUGACAGCAGCAAUUGACACAGCAGACAUGGCAGCAGUGACCGACACAGCAGACAUGACAGCAGCAAUUGACACAGCAGACAUGACAGCAGUGACCGACACAGCAGACAUGGCAGCAGUGACCAACACAAAAGACAUGACAGUCGUGACCGACGCAGCAGACAUGACAGCAGUGACCGACACAAAAGACAUGACAGGGGUGACCGACGCAGCAGACAUGACAGUCGUGACCGACACAACAGACAUGACAGCAGUGACUAACACAAAACACAUGACAGUCGUGACAGACGCAGCAGACAUGACAGCAGUGACCAACACAAAAGACAUGAUAGGCAUGACCGAUGCGGCAGACAUGACAGUCGUGACUAACACAACAGACAUGACAGUCGUGACCAACACAACAGACAUGGCAGCAGUGACCGACGCAGCAGACAUCACAGUCCUGACCGACACAACAGACAUGACAGCAGUGACCGACGCAGCAGACAUGACAGUCAUGACCAAUACAACAGACAUGGUAGCAGUGACCGACGCAGCAGACAUGACAGUCAUGACCAAUACAACAGACAUGGUAGCAGUGACCGACGCAGCAGACAUGACAGUCAUGACCAAUACAACAGACAUGCAAUGA